AUGGCCCGACGGUGGAUCUGGUCGUUCAAACUAGAACAUUUGCCAGGGGAUGGUCAUCUGCCACUGCGUACAAACAUGCUGACAAUUAAGGACCAGGGUCUUGCUUCAGCUGGAUAUCAACGCUGUCGGGUACCUGGUGACUGGGUUGAGAGCAAGCCCGGAGUACGCAUCGGAGAUGGUAAAACAAAAGUCAGAGAUAAGACAAAAAGGUCCAUUAUGAUUUGA